AUGAUUCUAGGUGUUGACAACUACGAGAGUAGGCUCAUACCUGAUAAUAAUUCUGAUGAGCUAGAUUGCUUGCGAAUCAAUGAUUUUGAACCAUUUUGCCAAGAUGAGCUUGCCUUGUAUCGACAAUGUGCUGAAAACAGGGACAAGGUAUUGAGAGUAAGACUUCAAGAAAGCGAACACAAGUUAGGAAUGUCUAUGCCUAUAGAUCUUGCUAAGGAAAGAAUUACGCAACUUGAAGCUAAAGCCACAUCACUAGAGAGGCACUUAAUUCUUGCAAGUGGAGCUGAAGGCAUUGAAAGAUUUCUAAUAUAUUUGAUGGAGUGUACCCAUGGAGGUCUUCGAAGACUCAGAUCCCCUUUGGAGAGCUUUCGCGGUUGGGUAUUUUGUCAGUGACACUCCUCACGUUGGCUCGUUCCACGCAAUGGUCAAUAGGAUCUGGACUUUUCCAGGCUUCAAAGGUAAGAUUGACGUUCAGUUCAUUGCAAAGGACAUUGUUAUAUUCCGAAUCGAGAAUGAGGCGCUGCACAACCGGGUGAUUAAAAGGCACUAUUGACACAAUCAG